AUGAGCGACAGCUCGGGAGGAACGCUCCAGAGUAGAGUUUGCUCCACAUGCUUCAGCACGCUCCACGGUAUCGUGGUGACGGUGUACACCAUCCUCCGUAUUGCCAACGUAGCGGCCGGGAGAACCAUGAGUCGCUGCUUUGGAAAUGAAGAACUGGAAACACCCGUGGGGCAGCACUACAAAUCCUUUGAGCUCCAGAGAAAUGACUGGGGUCCAGCUGCGGCGCAGCGCAGCCUGCGCGGGUUGCGCUAUGACGCAUAA